AUGGCAGAGUUCUGCAACAAAGACAACACCAAACUCAACCCUCAAUCCUCUUCUAAUCUCGCCAAACUCCUCUCCCAACUCAUCAACAAAACUCCCACCGCCGGCUACUACGCCACUUCCGCCGGGACCGGAACCAACCAACUCCACGGCCUCGCACAAUGCAGGGGAGACGUCACCCCCAAGGAAUGUUCCAGCUGCAUCACUGACGCUGCAGAUCAGAUCACCGCCCGUUGCCCUGGCCGACCCGACGCCAGGAUUUGGUACGACUACUGCUUCUUAAGGUACAGCAAGGACAAUUUCGUCGGCAAACUCGACAACUCCUAUGCUCUGUUUUUCUACAACGUCGAGAACGUCACGGAUCCGGAAGCCUUCAAUGGCAAGCUUGGGGGAUUGGUGGAUGAGAUCAAAUCUCAAGCUGUGAAGCCGCGGAGUAAAGGGAUUGGGAAAGGUGAGACGAAGCUGUCGCCUUUCCUGACCAUUUAUGCUCUGGUUCAGUGUACUAGAGACUUGGCCGCGAUUGACUGUGCUCAGUGCUUGGCAAUUGCUGUGGGUAACUUCCCUAAUUUUUGUAACAAUAAGAAAGGGUGUAGAGCUCUUUAUGAUGGCUGCUAUGUUAGAUACGAGCUUUACCCUUUUUUCUUCCCUCUCAAGUCAACCAAUUCCAGUAUUGCUGGUGCUAGUGAGGCUACUUCCAUGGUGGCGGUAAUCCGUUCUUGA